ACCAUUGUCCCAGUGUUGUUUUGAUGGACACAGUCCGGACCACCCCUCACUGCGGUGGAGUACAGAAGGAUAAAUAUAUCUCCCCCCUCCUUUCGUUGAGUCCGCUCCAUCCUGAGUGGCUGAGCCUGGCGAUCACAGGCAGCUGCAGCGGCAAGCCCACUAAACAAGACGGAUGAAUUAGAAAACCUGCUGAAACCACCAGCCCCCCUUUCCCUUUUUUUAAUUUUGCAUUUUGAGGAGUGGGGCUGAAAACCCUGUCGCCCUCAUCCUGACAGCGACAGUGUGAAGUGGACACAAGGGUUCCUGUGAAUAGAGAUUCACCAUGGGGAUCAAGGCCGCCCUCCCCAAAUAUGAGCUGUAUCUCUACACAGCUGUACUGUCCAUGGCCUUGAUUUGGGCAGGCAGUUGGAUAUCUGAAGCUUCAAGUGAAAAUGUAAACAGGAAGGUAUUCAAAGGGAGUGUGAAACCAGGAUGGCAUUACUUUGGCAGGAAAAUGGAUGUUGCGGACUUCGAAUGGGUCAUGUGGUUCUCUACAUUCCGCAAUCAUAUCCUUUUUGCUCUCUGUGGUCACGUGAUCUUUGCCAAGAUUUUCACUCUGCUGUCUCCCAAGAUUGGUAUAGAUGGAUGUAAGCACAGAUCCUUGGUCUUUGGCGUGUACGGUGGCCUGGCAGUCCUGGUCACGAUGGGCUGGACCUUCAUGUCCCUGGUUCUGUCACACUGCAUCAUAAUGUACAGCGUCGCCAUGGUCAAGAGGAAAUGGAUGUGCUUCCUGGCAGGCCUGGCCACCUUGGCCUCCAUCAAGCUGGAGCCAUAUAAGUCCUGGCAGGAAGGCUUGGUGACUGGUUCUUUCGACCUGCAAGACAUCCUGUUCUAUGGAGGCUGUGGCUUCUCCAUCAUUCGCGGGAUGAGCUUUGCCUUAGAGAACUGUGAGAAGAAGGAUGGAAACUUCACAUUUGCCGACUUGCUCAAAUACAACUUCUACCUCCCCUUCUUCUUCUUUGGACCUAUCAUGACUUUUGACCGCUUUCAUGCUCAGGUGAACAACACUAAGCUCAUCCGUAAGGAGAGGGAGAUGUGGAACAUCACCAUCCAGGCCUUGUUGCACCUGGGAGUUAUUUUGAUCGUGGACGUCUUUUUCCACUACCUCUACAUCCUGACCAUCCCCAGUGACAUGAAGCUGGUCAGGCAGCUUUCUGAUUGGUCCCUGGCUGGUCUGGCCUACUCCAACCUGGUGUAUGACUGGGUGAAAGCAGCGGUCAUGUUUGGCGUCAUCAACACUGUGUCCAGGCUGGACCACUUGGAUCCUCCUCAGCCUCCUAAGUGUAUCACCAUGCUGUAUGUCUUCGCUGAGACGCACUUUGACAGGGGCAUCAAUGACUGGCUGUGCAAAUAUGUUUACGACUACAUUGGAGAGAAUCACGACAAGAUCUUCAAGGAGCUCCUGGCAACCUUCUGCACCUUUGCUAUCACCACCUUGUGGCUUGGACCCUGUGAAGUGGUGUACAUCUGGUCUUUCUUCAACUGCUUUGGUCUCAACUUUGAGCUGUGGGUGGCCAAGUUCUUCUCCCUUCCUCCGUUCUCUACCAUUGAGCGUGCUAUGGGUGAAGCCAUGUCACGAAGGAUCAGGGGUGUAUUCAAUGCCGCCAACUUCUGGGCUAUCGUCCUCUACAACGUCCUCUCUCUCAACAGCCUUGAGUUUGCCAAACUAGUCGGAAGAAGACUGAUUUUCAAAGGUUUCCCUAUGUCAAGCCUUUCGGUUCUGCUUGUGACCUACUGUGGCGUCCAGUUGGUGAAGGAACGGGAGCGAAAACAAGCACUGCUGGAUGAUCCAGAGCCGGUGAAGCCGGUGGAUGGAGGCAAAGAAAAAGCAGAAUAACCAGAUAGGAAGACUGAGUUUUACAGACUUCAUCUUCAGCAACCCCCCACCCCCACCCCCCAUAUUGUUCCAUCCUCAGUCUUGCGAACUUUACUGAACCAGACGAUAACAGCCAGGCAGCACCUAUAUUGUUCUCAAGUCUGCGUGUUUGCUUUUGUUUGUCAGAAGCAAGUUAAUAUUUUGAACUGUGAAAUAUCCUCAAGUGCACUUGCUGUAGAUAAUCGCCACACGUCCUUUGGCACAAACCCACUGAUGGUGCAUUUUGUAUUUGUAUUUUAUCCUAACAAGAGAUUGUUUAACAAAAUGUAGGCCUGCCAAAUAUUUUUCAAAGUUAGAGCUCAUAUAUUGAAGAAGAUACAGUAUUUUAAUGGAACGCCUCUCCUGUACUGUGUUCUGUUCAGAUGUCUCCUGUGUUUGUUUUUAAUGUACCAAACAUCCAAGGCAGUUUUCUUUUUUUCUUUUGUUUAAGUUAAGUUUGACGGUGUCAUUUUGCCUCUUUAGAUGCCUUUUGACGCCUUACAUCCCCCCAAAAAUCACAACUUGUAACUUUACUGAAAUCUUUGUCCUUUUAAACUUGAACAGCCUCUAAAUAAAGGUGCCAUUUGUGCAGUGCAAUGAAUAGACAUAGGGUGCUGUGGAGACUCCUGCCUUCCACACUGAAUGUAGAUGAUUGUAAUGUAUUUGCCAUACUGUUAAUAAGCUGAAAUGAAAGUCGUAAUAUAUAGGAAAGUCCACUGUAAAGUCGAAUAAGAAGGUACCACUUUAUUAGAUCACUAUUUAUAUUUAAAAAACUGAUUAUAGUUCAGUCCAGCCAAAGCACUGACACCUGUCCACUAUGGAAACAGAGCAUGUAUGCUGUACUCCACUACCAUUAUCUUCCAUAGCAGAUUAGGUGUGACAUUUCUGCAUAUCUUUCUCCCCCCACCACCCUCUGCUCACAUGAUCCAGGCCGUGAGCAUGGCACGAUGAGUUUACUAUGAAAGGCAAUAGGCUCAGCAGGGAAUUUGGGUCAGUGUUACCAAAAUGUGCAGUCCAUCCUCAGAGAAACAGGCAGUGGAAGUCCAGUAUGCCAUUCCCUUUUCUGCUUGAAAAGUUUCUGUUUAAAAGUGUUUAAGUUUCAGUGGUUUGACUUGACUUGACUUGAAUUAAGGUUUUCGUUUAAAGUAAAAUUUCUGCUCUAGGUUUUAUUUGUUGCAAUGUGGAGAGGAAAGAAUAAAAACCUGUUGGGAUGAA